GAGACGCAGCGCAGCGUGUGGCUGAGACCACCGCCCUUGCAAACGAGUUGCCCUGUCUGUCUCUCGGUGAUUUUUUCUUCCCCAGACUGCCUCAACUGGUUUUGUGAUACCUUGGCGAACCUUUGUUUUUGCCUUUUCCUUUUCUGGUUUACACUCCUCUCCUUUCAAAGUUCCAUCUCCUCGUCUUCUUCCGAAACCCUGUGCUGUGUUUGCCAUAGCCCCGUCCUCCGAACCUCACCAUGACGGCAACUACCGCUCAAGCUGUUUUUACCAACCCUGAGGUCGAGGAGAAGGCCAAAGUCGAAAUACCAUCCUCAACAAUCGCCCAGAGCGAUGACGAUGGGUCUGCGCAAGACCAGACCUCGAACACCGCCGUGUCGACUCCCGCGACGGACUCCGAGCGAGGAACGAAGCCGCCAGAGGAUGUGAGGACGCUUCGUGGUCUCAAGUGGUUCUUCGCGUACACCUCUUUGCUUUCCACCACGUUGUUGUAUGCCCUCGAUGGUACCAUUGUCGCGGCCAUGCAACCCUCUAUCCUCGACUCCUAUGGCGAGACCGAAAAGCUGCCGUGGAUUGGAGUCGGAAUGUUCCUCGGAGCCUUGACCGUCCUACCCAUUGGAAGAGCAUUCGGAGUCUUCAACGUAAAGUGGCUCUUCAUAGGUCUUGUCAUCGUCUUCGAAGUCGGUAGCGUCCUCUGCGGUGCUGCGCCCAACAUGGACGCCUUCAUUGUCGGACGAGUCAUCCAAGGCGUGGGCGCAUGCGGCUGCUAUCUGGGUGCCGUGACGUACAUCUCCAUGACCACCACCGUCCGCGAACGACCCCUCUACCUCUCCGGCAUCGUUGCCACCUGGUCCAUGGGCAGCGUUCUCGGGCCUGUCGUGGGCGGCGCAUUCGCCCAAAGCAGUGCCACGUGGCGCUGGGCCUUCUACAUCAACCUGGUCAUCGCAGCCGUCUUCGCGCCGCCCGUCAUUCUUUGCCUGCCCAACAUCGACCCGGCCGCGGAUAUGACGUUUGUGGAGAAGCUCCUCACCCAGGAUUGGGCGAGCAUGGUCAUCUUCUUGGGCGGCGCCGCCUGCCUGGCCAUGGCUCUCACCUUUGGCGGCACCGUGUACGCUUUCGACAGUCCGCAAGAAAUCGCCCUCUGGACCUUGUCCGGCGUCCUGCUCAUCGUCUUCGUCCUGGUUACCGUCUAUCAUCCGCUGGUGGAAUAUCGACACAGGUUGUACCCCAUCCACUUGAUGAAGAGUAUGGAGCUCAACAUUCUGCAAUUUGCCAUUUUCAUGGCCGCCGGCGCCAUGGUGACGAGUCUGUACUACAUCCCGCUGCUGUUCCAGUUCACAAGGGGUGACGGGGCCCUGAUCGCCGGUGUACGACUACUGCCGUUUCUGUGUGGCAUGGUGUUUGCUUCCGUUGCGAAUGGCGCCUUGAUGCCGAGGCUGGGCUAUUACAUGCCGUGGUAUGUGCUGGGCAACGGUCUCAUCCUGAUCGGCUCUGCACUGAUGGUUACCGUCGAAGUCUCAACGUCGGAUGCCCACAUCUACGGAUAUACCAUUAUUCUGGGAGUUGGGUGCGGUGCCUUUUUCACAUCAGGCUUUUCCGUCGUCCAAGCUCUCGUUGAGGCUUCCGAGCUCAGCAACGCCAUUAGUUAUAUGGCCAUCGGGCAAACAUUGGGCCAAAUCAUUAUCCUUAGCCUGGGGGGCUCCCUGUUUCAAAACAUCGGCGCGCAACGGCUCAGCGAAAUUCUCCCGGGUGUCCCGCAGGAGGAGAUUAUCGAGUUGACCACGGGGACUCACAGUGCUGUCUUCGAAGCCCUGGACGGCGAGAUGCAGGCCCAAGUUGUACACACAGUAACCAUGGCAAUUCGCAACGUCUUUUACGUUUUGCUUGCUACUUCGGCGCCAGGCUUGAUCGGAUCCCUAUUCUUGAGUCGCCGUAAAAUAUAUUAAAUUGAAGGUUUCGCAUUGCUUCAACUGCUCCGGCAUCCUUCAAACUCAGUUUAUGAAUAGGCUUUACUUCUGGCUUCAUCACGUUGUACGACGCUCAUGUUUGCUCCAUUUUGUAUAUUCUUCAGACUGCAUAGAUAGAUAUUAUAGAAGCCUCAAGCUGGCUACGAGCUCUGUAAUGUCCCC